ACUACUUUGAAUUCCUGUUUACCAGUUAAUAAGCUUCUGUUGUUAGUUCUUGUUUUGUUUUCAUAUUCUCAGACACGUAAUCGUGAUGUUUUGAUUCUGGAUUAUAUAAUGUGCUGAAGGGUUUCUUCUGGGUUCUCGUUGUUUUACAAAGAAAAUUUUGGUGCUUUUGUCUGUGGGUUGAGAACUUCUUCUGGGUUCCCUCGGUUACCAUCGAUAUGCUUUUCUUUAGUGUAAAUGGGGUUUCAACAUUAAUUCAAUUUAAUUGGUGGAAAAAUAUUUCGAUGCUUUUGUCUGUUGCUUGAGAAAAAAUAAUAAGAGAAAUUGUGUCUGGAUUUUCAUGCAUUGCUUUGUGUUUUAUGUGUAAGCAAAGAAAAAAAUAUGAAAUUUUACAGCAUUGGUAACAAUUUGACAUUGUUCAUAUAUACCCAUCAGGGUAUAAAUGGCUUCGAAAUCCAAAAGUCAUUCGCGAGUUAAAGAUAUGAUCAGUGACUUACCAGAUUCACUUCUUUGUCACAUCCUUUCCUUUAUGCCAACAAAGGAUUCUGUAAGCACCAGCGUUUUGUCUUCAAGAUGGAAGAGAGUAUGGGCCUCUGUUCCCAGUCUAGACUUUCGUGAAACACAUUCAGACUCCGAAAGUUUUGUGUUGUUUGUUAGCCGUGUACUUUACUUUCGCAACUCAUCAGACAUUCAAAAGUUUAAACUGAAGUGCUAUUGUGUCGAGCGUUUCUCUCAUAUUGAUGGUUGGAUUCGCACUGCCAUUAUGCAUAAUCUCGUUGAACUUGAUCUUUGUGUUGAAAAAGAUGCUUCAUAUAUGGAGGACUUUCGUCUUGAGUUGCCUAAAAGCCUUUUCAUGUGCAAAACACUGGUUAAAUUGAACCUGAGUUCAAUUUUUAUCAUCAAUCCUCCUACUUCAUGGUGUUUGCCGCAUCUCAGGGUUCUAUUUAUCACAGUUAAGAAUCCUGGUUCUGACCUGAUGGAAAAUCUUUUGCCUGGCUGCCCUGCACUUGAAGAUUUUUCUAUAUUUGGAAAUGUGGGAGAAGGCUAUUUGAAUUUCAACAUCUCUGCCCUUGAACUUAAGAAGUUACAAAUCAGUCUCUAUACUAGAUCCGAAGAUGAUGAGUUCCUAGACUAUAAUGAUUUCAAUAUUUUCGUUACAUCUCCAAAGCUUGAAUACUUUGGUCUGGAUCAAUCCACUUUGUCAAAGUGUGUUUUGGGGAAUUCAGAGUCUUUUGUCGAAGCCAGUAUUGAUCUCGAUUGCCACAUAGCAACCGAACAUCCUGCAUUUGCUGGCCGUGUGACUCCACUUAUGGCACAAAUUUGCAAUGUCAAAUAUUUGUCCCUUUCAGCGCAUGAUUUGCAUGACAACUGUGAGCUGCCUAUUUUCGAUAAUUUGAAGCAAUUGAAACUGGUUCUUCAUCGUUGCUGUUCUUGGUGGGCUGAGUUUCUGAAGAGAUCACCUAAUCUAGAAUCUCUUGUCUUAGAACACGUUGGCUGCAAUUGUGAUGGACUAGGUGGAUAUGGUGUUAAGGAAGAAAAGCUGCUUUGGCAUCAUCCUGAGUUGGUGCCGAAUUGUCAGUUGUCUCACGUCAAGACUAUCUGUAUCAAGGAAUUCCUGGGAAGGGACGAUGAGUUUGAAGUGGCAAAGUAUCUACUGAAAAAUGGUGAAGUUUUGAAUAGCAUGAAUAUUUACACGGGUCGUGAUGUUGUGUGCACAAAGGAGGAGAUGUUGGAGAAACUCUUAAAGUUUGAGAGGGUGUCUAAGACAUGUGAUGUUGAAAUCGCCUGAGAGUGAUCUCUAGCUUUUACUAAGAUGCUAUCUUGGAAGGUGAGUUCAAGUUUUCAUUACAGUUCAAGUUGUAAAUUUUCUAUAACCUCGAUUGAUCUUCAGAUGUAAUUCUCGUGGAUAAUUGGAGUAUUUUGAAUGUGGUCCGU